AUGGCCGAGUUAGCAUUGUAUGGAAAGCAAUUGGAUAUGAUUCGUGAUCAGUUGAGACUUUGGAUUGAUCAAUGGCAUUAUCAUCAAUUUGAUGAUGAAAAAAUGAUCCGUACCAUCAAGACAACUACCGAAGAUAUCGCAACACAGAUACAACGUUUACAAAGUAAAGUGCAGUUGUAUUUGCAACAGGAGAAUACGAGUACAUCAUCGCAGGAAAACGGAUUACAAGACAGUCAAGUUGAUCAAGAUUUAAUGCUAGAGGAAAUCGAUUGGGAAAAGGAAGAAGAAUCAGAUGAUAUACAAUCUAGUUUUGAAAAAUCAGCAGUUGAAGGUGUUAAAUAUGUUCUAAAGUAUAUGCUACUUCAUUAUCUUUCAAUGAAUGUCAUUUGGGGACUAUUUAGGGUUCAGGAAAUUGAUUGGAGUAAAGAAGCAUCGAUUGGAACUAUUUUAAACGAUGCUACCGAAUCUGAAGAUUUUGAAAUCGGUGAACAGCCAUCAAAUGCGCAUUUGAAAAUAUUAAAAGAUUCCUUUGGUCAUGCCCAGUUUAGGCCACUCCAAUGGAAGAUUAUAAAUUCCAUCGUAACACACAACAGGGAUAACUGUGUUGUAAUGGCGACAGGAUAUGGAAAGAGCUUAUGCUAUCAAUAUCCUGCGGUCUACUUAAAAAAAAUUGUCAUCGUAAUAUCUCCAUUAAUUUCUCUAAUGCAAGAUCAAGUUAUGGCACUAACUGUAAAUAAUAUUCCUGCAUGCUAUUUGGGAUCAGCUCAACGUAAUGGUGCAGAAGUGACACGAAAUUUAAAAAGGGGUAGAUAUUAUCUGCUAUAUGUUGCUCCGGAAUUUGCUGUUACAUCUGGUUCAUUAUUCAAAGAGCUAAAUGAUACUAUUGGAAUUUCUUUAGUAGCUAUCGAUGAAGCCCAUUGUGUAUCACAAUGGGGUCAUGAUUUUCGCUCCUCUUAUCGGCAACUAGACUUUAUAAGAAAUCUUUUACCACAUGUACCUAUUAUGGCUUUAACGGCCACUGCUACUCCUCUAGUUCGCGCUGAUAUUUGUACAGCUCUAAAACUGUCCGAUCCAUUAAUAUCUAGCACAAGCUUUGAUCGGCCUAAUCUGUACUUUGAAGUUCGAAUAAAAUCGGAUUUAAUGAAGGAUUUGAAGCCUUACAUGAGGAAACGAGAAGAGAAAAAACUCUUUUACGAAUUUGAAGGUUCAACUAUCAUUUAUUGUAUAUCGCGAAAGGAUUCAGAGAUGGUAGCGAGCAAAUUACAAGGUUCAAAUAUUUUAAAACAACGAUCACUUAUUAACGUACGGAUGACCGAUUUAGUAACCUUUGGCAUAAAGUGCGGUUAUUAUCAUGCUGGUAUGGGACUGCAAGAUCGUCAACGGAUUCAUCAUGAAUUUAUUAGAGACGAAUUACAGUGUGUGGUUGCUACAAUUGCGUUUGGUAUGGGUAUUGACAAGCCGGAUGUCAGAAGGAUAAUUCACUACGGAGCGCCUCGAGAUAUUGAAUCCUACUACCAAGAAGUCGGUCGUGCAGGUCGUGACGGAUUGCCAGGUGUAUGCGUGGUUUUCUUUGCAGAAGCUGACUUCCGUUUGCAUAAACAUUUCAUUGGAGAGAUAGCCGAUGAAGACUUUAGGAAACACAAAUUGGAAAUGAUGAAUAAAUUGUUAACUUACCUAAUAACUAAAGAUUGUCGUAGGAGAGAAAUUAUUUCUCAUUUUGAAUCGAAGAACAUUGAUGAUUUUCCUAAACAUGCCGAUUGCUGUGAUAACUGCCGCAGGAGUUUAAGUGGUGCAGUGUCUGAAAAUGAUGAGAAGAAUAAUGUACAAGGUCCAAACUUUGGUCGCGAAGCAAGAGAUUUACUUCAGACUGUAUUGCAAGUAAAAAAUAUAUCAGCCUUUGAGAGGAUGGCUAUGUACUGUAAAGGAAAGUAUCGUCCUCGAAAAUGGUGGAAGACGCUAGGUAAAUUAUUAACUAUGGAAGGAUUCUUGCAAGAAUAUCCACUGACCGGGAUGUAUGGAUGCGUAAUCGGUUUAUCUGAUCUCGGCCAUGCUUGGCUUAAGAACACAGCAAACGAGACUAUCCCAACCCUGCACUUAAAAAAUCACGCGAGUUUAGCAAAGACCAGUAAUCUGUUAAGCGGUCAGACUUCGGGAGUAUACGAAGUAGUGCCAGUUGUAUGGCAGAAUGCGACUGAAGUUGCAAUUAAUAUAGCUAAAAAGGCUAUGCUGUCCGCACAAAGCCCUAGUGAAAAUGUAGUAGAAGAUCCUGCAGAAGUCGAAUUUCAGCGGUCGUUGUAUACUGAGUUGAUGUCACUUAGAAACAAAGUUGCAAAUGAAAUAGGAUGCGCGCCUUACAUGGUUGCUAAUAACAAGAAUCUUUUGGAAAUUGCGACUAUUAGACCCAAUAGCGAAGAUAAUUUGCUAAAGAUCGAGGGAAUCUCAAACACCCGAUGCGCAAAAUUUGGUGCUGUAUUUGUUAAAAAAGUUAUUGAGUUAUGCACAAAGAACAAUUUUCAAACUAAUAAAUUUCCUGAUACAUCUGUAUCCAGCUCUGCACUUAAUAAUGAGUUUGCUGAACUAUAUAAUAGACUACAACCCGUUCGCGAACUGUCUGAAACAGAAUUUAUGACUUACAAUUAUUUUCACGAAAGAAAUAUGUCUCUGAGUGAAAUUUGUGAAAAACGUGGUCUCCAAGAGUCUACUAUCGUUGGACAUCUCGCUAAAGCUCUCCUGGCAGGAUACCCUGUCGAUUUAAACCGAGAUUUUCAAAGGUUGAAAGACGUGAAGGAAUUGCUACCUGAAACGAUAACCUGGAGUCAAUUACUUAUACACGCAGCUGUAGCACAAGUCUUGCAUAAUAGAUUGCCAGCGGUUAAAUCUCCGAAGGCAGAUACAGUGUCAAGAUUAGAUCAGAUUUCACUGAAUUCUUCUACUGUCGCUAAAUCAAUCAAGUUGGAAAAGAAUACAGAUACAUCUCAAGACAGUAAACGAAAGCUACCAGCAUGGAUGGAUAACAGAGAACAGUCAUCGAGUACUUAUAAACGAAAAGCAAGCUAUUUUUAA